CAGAAAACAGGCAGACAGGAGCAGUGUGUCUCUGUUGUAGCUGCCAAAGACCAGAGUUCUGGGGAAGCAUUCCAAUUUUGGAGACUUAAUAACAGAAGAGAGUAUAAAAAAUGGUUAUCUAGGCAAGAGAAAACUGGCCCAGGAGAUGUACUGGAGAAAGGUGAAAAGAUUGUUUUCUGAAGGCUACAUUGGAGGCUGUGACAGAUCGGAGAGCUCGAGUGGAACUGAUGGGGAGGCUUUCUGAAUAACAUGGCCCUUCGCCAUUAGCCUUGCCAUGACCACAUUUUUCACCAGCGUCCCUCCCUGGAUUCAAGAUGCAAAGCAGGAGGAGGAAGUGGGCUGGACACUAGUUCCCAGGCCUCGGGGCCGGGAGGCAGAGAGUCAAGUGAAGUGCCAAUGUGAAAUCUCUGGGACAUCGUUCUCAAAUGGGGAGAAGCUGAGGCCUCACAGCCUCCCCCAUCCAGAGCAGAAACCAUAUAGCUGUCCUCAGCUGCACUGUGGCAAGGCUUUUGCUUCCAAGUAUAAGCUGUAUAGGCACAUGGCCACCCACUCGGCCCAGAAACCCCACCAGUGCAUGUACUGUGAUAAGAUGUUUCACCGCAAGGACCAUCUGCGCAACCACUUGCAGACCCAUGACCCGAACAAAGAGGCCCUCCACUGCUCCGAGUGUGGUAAGAAUUAUAAUACGAAGCUGGGCUACCGUCGCCACCUGGCUAUGCAUGCUGCCAGCAGCGGUGACCUCAGCUGCAAGGUGUGCCUGCAGACCUUUGAGAGUACCCAGGCCUUGCUAGAGCACCUGAAAGCCCACUCGCGCCGGGUAGCAGGUGGUGCCAAGGAAAAGAAGCACCCCUGUGACCACUGUGACCGGCGGUUCUAUACUCGUAAAGAUGUGCGGCGGCACCUGGUGGUGCACACAGGCCGCAAGGACUUUCUGUGCCAGUACUGUGCCCAGCGGUUUGGCCGCAAGGACCACCUGACGCGUCAUGUUAAGAAGAGCCACUCUCAGGAGCUGCUCAAGAUCAAGACAGAGCCAGUGGACAUGUUAGGCCUACUCAGCUGUAGCUCCACAGUCAGCGUGAAGGAAGAGUUGAGCCCUGUGCUGUGCAUGGCCUCUCGGGACGUGAUGGGGGCCAAGGCUUUUCCUGGCAUGUUGCCCAUGGGCAUGUAUGGUGCCCACAUCCCUACCAUGCCCAGCACGGGCAUGCCACACUCCCUAGUACACAACACGCUGCCCAUGGGUAUGAGCUACCCUCUGGAAUCCUCACCUAUCUCUUCUCCACCUCAGCUCCCUCCAAAAUACCAGCUUGGAUCUACCUCAUACUUGCCCGACAAAUUGCCCAAAGUGGAGGUGGAUAGUUUUCUGGCAGAGCUUCCUGGGAGCCUGUCUCUCUCAUCCGCUGAACCCCAGCCCGCCUCACCUCAGCCGGCGGCAGCUGCGGCCCUUCUAGAUGAAGCACUGCUCACCAAGAGCCCCGCCAACCUCUCUGAGGCCCUCUGCGCUGCUAAUGUGGACUUUUCUCACUUACUAGGCUUUCUUCCACUCAAUCUGCCUCCAUGUAACCCACCUGGGGCCACAGGAGGCCUGGUCAUGGGCUACUCGCAGGCUGAAGCACAGCCCCUGCUCACCACUUUGCAAGCUCAGCCUCAAGAUUCCCCAGGAGCUGGGGGACCACUGAACUUCGGGCCUCUGCACUCCUUGCCUCCUGUCUUCACUUCUGGCCUGAGUACUACCACCCUGCCUCGUUUCCACCAAGCAUUCCAGUAGCCCCCACAGAGGUCCUUAACUCAGUCUUUGGUCUAUCACAGAGCCUGAGUACCCUCCCUGUCCACCUCCCUGACAAAGGCAGCUGAGCUUUCAGAGCUGGGUUCAAAAAGCAAAAAUUCCAGUGUCUGUAUGGAGCACUUGGUUUGAGGGUUUGGGCUCCAGGAUUGAUUCCAGGGGGAGCCUUGAGCCUCAGCGCUGUGGAAGAUCUAUCAUAGGACUUUCAGGUAUUUUUACUUCUUUUUUUUUUUUUUAAAUCUGAAUUGGGAGCCACACUUAGCCUUCUCCUUCUCCAAAGUAUCAGAACCUCCUCUUUGAAGGAGGGGGAGGCCUCUUGGAGACGCAGAGGGUUCACCUUGGAUGACCUCAAGAGAAAUCGCAGAAGAAGCCUGUUGUCUGUCCUAGCCUUCAGGAACCCACAGCAUAGUUGGUCAGGCCCUGCUGUGGAAGGUCACUUGGCUCCAUCACCUGCUUCCGAGCAGCAAAAAGGAGAGAAGGCUUCUAUUCUUCCCGACCAUCCCCAUCCCCGCUCUACCAACAGCUCUGUUUUCAGUCAGUGUUGUCCAGCAACGGUACCGUUUACACAUUCGUCUCAGACACACCAUUUCACCUCCCUUGCCAUGUUGUUAGCCUUAGAGUGAUUGCAUUGAACACUGUUUACACACCGUGAAUCCAUUCCCACCAGUCCAUUUCAGUUGGCACCAGCCAGAACCACUUGGUACCUGGUGUUAACUGGAGCCCUGUUUACAAGGCGGAGUCGGGUCUUGCUGACUUCUCUUCACUUGAGGUCACAUUUUUCCCCCGUGGGGAAAUAAACUGACUUUUGGACUGCUUCAGUUUCUGCCAUCUUCAUGACUGCAUCUGUUCCUGCCUUUGUUGGCAGUGUCCACAGGAGACAGGCAAGAAGAUUGGAGCAGCUUUCUCACAGGUCUGUUUUCUCCAAGUCCAUCAUGACCCCCUCAUCACUCUUGAACUGGAGAGGGGAAGAAAUGAAAGGCAUGCCCAUAUUGCUCACCUCCCAUUCCUUAACUCCCACUCAGAAUAUUAUGAGCUGUUGUUAUUUGUCUUGGAAGGAGGGACUCUGGGUUUUAGGCUGGUGGGAACAGCAGAGAGGGAAGGAGCCCCUCAUUUGUCUCCGUCCUGCCUGCCCCUUUUUCAUGAAGUUGUGGAAUUAUUAGCAGGUGUUUUCAGAAAUCUAGGACUGGGCAGAUAGUUGAGUCCUAAUCAAUCUAAUCAUUGUUGUCUCCAUACCAAAAAUUUUCUUAUCCACAGUGUCCCUUCAUCUCCUUCACUUUGCAGUCCUUGUGGACAUGGCCACUGUGCAUAGGCUUCUAAGAACUUCUACCUUCUCAUGAUUCCCCUCAGUUUUGACUCUACUAUCUAACAGCAUUUUUUGCAAGAAGUGAUUAGUUCUCUUGACUUAUAGGGCUCCAUGGCACAGUGUAGCCCUUACCCAGAACCCAGCCAGACCCCAAAGCCUGCUUCAUCUCAGUUCCGAAUGGGCUCUUCCCACGCAUGGAAGGAGGCAGCUCAGGGACCACUACUGUGGGACCCUCCUGAGAUACCUCCUCUGUGAUUCAGAAACACACUUCUACCUCUUUACUGUUAACUUGUACAGAUGCAUCCAGCAGUUUCUGGGCACUUCUGUCAGUGGUGCCUCAUGCUGGCCUCUCCACUAGGGUUUUAGGACAAACUACCUAGGAACUGCCUCACCCACCCUCUUACCAGGCCUCCCAUCUCCCGCUGUCUGUAGACUCAUUUCCAUGUAUCGUCAGGAAUUGAGCAGGUCAAGACCUAGGCUUCUGCUUUAGUGCAAGCAUCCUUAUUUGAGGUGAAAGCCUUAAGAAUUAGCUCCCUGGCCCUUGAUUGGAGGCAAUGCAGAGUAAAUACUUAACUGUUUUGAUUUAGGCAAGGUAGCUUGGGAUAUUUUUUCAAAAGCAAAACCAGAUAUAAAAAUGUCUGGCAAGGUUAACAUCAGUCUAGAUGAUUUGCUUCUAAAUAUUAGUUUCAUUGAGUCCCAGGGACUAAUUAAGUUUGUUUUUAAAAAAGUGUAAAACUGUCUACCUUGGUACACAGCCACCUCCUGCAUGCUGUGCAUGUUUUUGGGACGCGUAUUAUAG